UCUCUAACUGGGAUGGGAUGUGUAGAUCAUGGUAGCCACAGGAGUGAUAAGAAAUUAAAACAAUUGAGAGUGGAGAAGAUAUCUGCUUUAAAAGGAGAGAAGUGAGAUUCUGAAAGAGCAUUAAUUCAUUUAUUUUGGAAAUGAAAAAAGAAAAAAGAAAUCUUUUGACUUGCAUAUAUGACCUGAAAUCUGAUUCUGAUCAAUUCAACUCUCAGUUUUGUUGUUGGGUAUCACGGGAAUCCUUUAGAUGUUGUAAGAUCCAAACUUUGCUUUUCUGGGUUUUGACAAAGUUUGAAUUUUUGGCUAGAAUUCAAAAAGAAAUAGUCAAUGAUCAAAGUUUCAGAAAAUAUUUUGAUAAAAAUGAAAACUCAAUAAAAUUUUGCUUAUUGGCUGGGUAUUUGCUCUAGUGAGCUGGAUCCACUCUUAUCGGAAAGUUAUUAAUUAAAAAAAGAGAGGGGAGACAGAAAGAUAGCUCAAAAACAGCUACUCGUAUCGUUUCCUUCUGUAUUUUGUCCCCAACUUGUAUAAAUAACAGUACAGAACGUUGUAGAUGAUGUUCAGUUUCUCUCGCUCUUCGUUCUAUUCAUUUUUUUUGGGUUUUCGAUUCUCUGGCAUCUCUCCGAAGUAAUCGACUGUUUCAAGGAAUUUCAGAGAAAUACAAUAAUUGGUUGAGAUUUCAUCGUUAUAGACUCUGGGUUUGGAUUUGGAUUUGGGUGUUUUCGGAUGUUUACUUGGUCGUUCAAUCGAGAUAGAAGGAGGAAGAAAGUGAUAUCUGGGUUUGGUUUUCUAGUCUUGAUUGGUUCUUCGACAGAUGAUUACGGAUAAGCUAAGCUAAUCGAGACUCAAGAGAUAGCAGGAAGAAGCCAAGUUUGAGAGUGGUUUUACUUUUAACAAAUAUACAUGGAUAGGUCUAUGUCGACAGCGAGUUCAACGGCUACCCGGAAGGUGGGUGAUGGGGUGUCUGAUCAGUUCCCGGCUGGCCUUCGUGUUUUGGUCGUUGAUGAUGAUCCGACCUGUCUCAAGAUUCUAGAGAAAAUGCUUCGGAAUUGCCUCUACCAAGUUACCACAUGUACGCGGGCCGAGGUUGCAUUGUCUGUGCUUCGAGGGAGUAAAAGUAGGUUUGAUAUUGUUCUUAGUGAUGUCCACAUGCCAGACAUGAAUGGAUUCAAGCUUCUUGAGCACAUUGGGCUGGAGAUGGACUUGCCUGUUAUCAUGAUGUCGGCAGAUGAUGGAAAAGAUGUUGUUAUGAAGGGUGUCACUCAUGGUGCAUGCGAUUACUUGAUCAAACCUGUUCGGAUUGAGGCCAUCAAGAACAUAUGGCAGCAUGUGGUCCGAAAGAGGAGGAAUGAGUUGAAGGACUUUGAGCAAUCAGGGAGUUUGGAAGAAAGUGACCGGCCAUGUAAAACAUCUGAUGAUGCAGACUAUGCAUCCUCUGUAAACGAAGGGAGUUGGAAGAGCUCCAAGAAGAGGAAAGACGAAGAAGAUGAAGGGGAGGAAAGGGAUGAUUCUUCCACAUUGAAGAAGCCACGGGUGGUCUGGUCGGUUGAGCUUCAUCAACAGUUUGUUGCUGCUGUGAAUCAACUAGGCAUUGACAAGGCUGUUCCUAAGAAAAUUCUGGAGCUGAUGAAUGUCCCUGGGCUCACUAGAGAAAAUGUUGCCAGCCACCUUCAGACUCAUGUUUGCAAUGAUAUGGUACAGAAAUAUCGUUUGUAUCUUAGAAGGUUAAGUGGAGUAAACACGCCUUUCAUGAGUCCACAAGAAGCAAAUUUCAGGUCAAUGUCUUCACUUGAUGGGCUUGAUGUCCAAGCUUUUGCUCUCUCAGGUCAACUCCCACACCAGAGUCUUGCAACACUACAGGCAGGGUUUACAAGGACAACUACAAACACUGGAAUAAGCAUGCCUACUGUUGAUCAGAGAAACAUAUUUAAUUCCGAAAUAUCAAAGUUAAGAUUUGGAUCUGGACAACAACUAUGCAACAGUGGUAAGCAGAUGAGCCUCCUGCCAGGACUCCCAACCUGCAUGGAACCAAAACAGCUACCUCAUCUGCCCCAGUCAGUCCAAUCAUUUGGUGGCGUUGGUUUGCAAGUCAGCGAGGGAACUUCAACCUUUCUAAACAUGCCAACAUCUCUCAGAACGACCUUGUCAAACCAUGUGCAUGGUAGACAUGGAAACCAUGGUAGUCCUUUAAUGAUGCAGAUGGCUCAAAACCAGUCAAGGACGCCAUUGUUGAAUCAGAUAGCAGGUGGUCAUACUUCUCGGAUCCCAUCAACCAUUGGGCAACAAAUAUUCUCAAAUGAGAUUUCGGGUCAGGUCUUGGAAAGAAGUAAGUGCAUCAUUAAUGGUAAAAAUGGAGCAUGCAACCCUGUUUCCCAAACCUCUUCAGUGGUUGAUUUUUCAAUGAACCACAUGACAGAACUGCCCGGAAAUGAUUUUCCUCUUGCAAGUGGUACUGAGGUAUCUACUCUUACAUCUACAGGAAUGUUUCAAGGGGGAGGAGUGGGAUUAAAAGGAUCAAGAGGCUUUGCUCCUAGUUAUGAUAUAUUUAAUGAGCUACGUCAGCCCAAAACCCAAGACUGGGAAUUACAGAAUGUGGGUCUGAAUUUUGAGGCAUCUCAACAUCUCAACUCCAUCGUUGAAAAUAACACAAACUAUGCAUCCUCAGUUCUGGCUAGCCAAGGGUUUGCUUCUUCUAGCCAGAAGAAUGGACAGAGCAUGAAUGUUGGCAAUGCAGUGAACUCCUCUGAAGAAGCAAAUGGACAUAGGAACACAGAAAACAGUAGUCAAAGGCCUAACAAUCCUAUGGCAGAAAAUUCAUUUAGAGUGAAGUCUGAAGCAACACCUGAUUUGAGCUGUGAGACUCUAUUUAUUCCCGAUCACCUUGGUCAAGAUGACCUCAUGAGUGCACUUCUCAAACAGCAAGGAGUUGGGCUGGUUGAAAGCGACUAUAACUUUGAUGGAUAUAACAUUGACAACAUUCCAGUGUAGAAGAUGCCCCAAUUAAUUACUUGGUAGCAGUGCCAAUGUGUAAAAUUACUUCUAUGGAUGUAUUGCUUCAUCGCAUUUUCUGUCAAAAGGACGAUUGAAGUUUUAUCACUCCAUGGACCAGGAUCCCUCUGUUCUUAUUUGUAUGGUUAUGCUGUAAAUUCAAAGAAUCAAGUUACAUCAUGCAACAAUGUGGUGGAGCCUGAAGUUUAUCUGGUAUGGAUCCAAUAUCCUCAAUUUUGGGGGAAAGUUCCAUAGGAAAUAGCUGUAUGAUAUAGAAAGGUGGUGUACAUUCAAAAUUUUGACUGUUUUUAGUAUCUCAAACUAACAAGAAAGUUUUGAUUUUAGAGGGAAUGUUAUGAAGUUAAGUGUUAGUUUCUAUGAUUGUUAGUUUAGAGAUUAAGGAUUUGUAGGCCUCCACAACUUUGUGGUGGAGAUGGGCCUCUUUUCCAACUCAACUAACACAUCAGGUUUGUUCUUUAGGAAUUGAGUAUGAUGUACAGAUUCAAUUUGAUUGCUAAAGACAUUAAUAUUGAUCUUCUGUGUAGGUCAUUUUCUUGUAUUUACUGUAUUAGGGGACUUUGGAUGUUGAGUUUAUGUUGUUGGUGAUGACUUCAACUCAUCUAAUAAUAUGCCCUUUUAAGACAUGUAUUUUUAUU